AUCAUAUGACACGCGAAGUCGAAGUCACGGGAUCCAUCUCAGUUUCUCUUCAGAUUUCCUCAAUUUCUCGUGAUUUUCCUGAGCAGCAGCUGCAAUGAGGACUCUGGUGAAGUGCCUUCUCCUGGUGUUUUGCGCCAAUGUGGCGUUCGGCUUCGAAGGAGUGCCUCUACUCCUCUGGGGCAGCACUCAAGGGAAAACCUUGAGCCCUCCAGCCAUCAACUCCCUGGCCAGUGGCAACAUCCUGACUGAUAAUAUCGUGAGCUCCCAGUACACGGUGGUUUUCGUUGGAGACAAACUCAGCCCCGAGGCCUUGAAUGAGUGUGGCGAGAAGAAUUGCUUCCCGUAUCUCGAGAAUGUGCAGCAGAAGACAUACUUCGCCAAUGUGGAAAAUCCCAUUGGACUCUUGGCCACUGUUGGCGACGACCGGAAGACAGAGUGGGUGAAUGCGGGUCACAAGUUGACUCCACAGGCUGGAAAGAUCACUUUUGUCACCCUCACUCCGGGAGACUUCAAUACCCAGGAUGCCGAGAUAGCUCAAGCGGUGAAGGAGAUCGAGGCCACGGGCGAGAAUAACGCCGUCUUCGUCUACACAGCCCAACACAAUGAUGUGGCCGAGGAGAGCAUCACCGCCCGCAGGAUCAAGAGAGAGACCACGAACAAGCAGGACGAGGCAACGGACGAACCCUUCGUCUUCUUCCGCGACAACGAGACGUACAUUAUUUCCUACAGCACCAUCAGCUUCGAGGCUCCUCAGGCGUCUCCCAUGGUGCUGAACUUCACCUCAGCCACUGUGGCGCGUCUCAAUGACAGCGAGGACUCCGGAUUUGCUCUGAACCUGGUCGGCGAGGGUCCGCAGUUGACGUUCGAGAUUCACGGCCUGCACGGGCGCUGGUGGGUCGAGAAGCUGAUCUAUGACGAGAAGGAGUUCUACCUCAACACCUACAUCGGAACUCACAUUGGUUUCUCCUUCGCUUGCACCCCCACAUCGAUCUUCAUAUCGAAGGACGAAGUGCAGACCAACCAGUUCAACCGGCUGCACAUCACCAGACUUCAGCUGGAGCCGCGCUUCAGCACGGACGCCACUGAGCCGUUUAAUGGCUUCAGCGAGCCCUGGGACUGCGUGGGAUUCAUCAGUCCCGGCAUCAUGGGAGGACUCUUCGUCGCCAUUCUCCUGCUGGUCAUCCUGGCGGCGGGACUCUCCUGGAUCAUGGAGAUUCGCACCAUGGAUCGCUUCGACGAUAUCAAGGGCAAGACAAUAACUAUCAAUGUUAACGAGUAAGAAGCCUUAAAUUUCAGGCAGUGCACGAGAAAUAUUCUUGUUGCUAGUAUUUCGUGAAAAAAGACGAAUGUUGUUCAUGUAAAGAAAUUCGAUAAAUAAUAAAAUCUUAGUUGGCUUUUAAAA